AUGAGGAAGUUGAGCGUUGAUUUUGUUUGUCAGGUUUCGUUUCGGGUAUUCUCAAUGCUAAAUAAGAUUAUAGGCUUUAGGGUUGUGUAGCUAAACUUUCUAAGGAGUGACACUCAGUGACAGUUGGUUUGGUUUUCGGCAAGGUUUUUUUGCGGAAUUAAAAUAAUUGCAAAUUAGUAAUUCGAAAUUACUACUGUCUGGAUUACGUAACGUUUGCUAGGAUGGACGGAUAAGAUUGAAAUACAUUGGAUUGUAUAAUACAAUUUGUAUUUAUUUAUUGAGAGAUAAACGAUAGAGUUCGAGUUUUGAAAAAAAUCUGAGAAAUUUUAAAGGAUGUCUUAUCCUUAUCCCAACCCAAAUGCACCACCUUAUCCUAACCCGAAUGCACCACCUUAUCCUCCGGCGGAUGGGAUGGGAUUCGGUGCUCCCUACCCUCCAAAAGGCGAAGGUGAUCAUGGUUAUCCAGCAGGACCCCCUCCAGGGUAUGCUUAUCCCCCUGUCCCAGUUCCAUUCCAGCCGGAUGGACAAGGUGCCAUAAUGCAGCAACCUGUACAUGGGCAAGGAUACAGUUAUGGACAGGGACCACCUCAACCAUUCUCUUAUGGAGGAUAUCCUCCCCCUCAACAGCAAGGGUAUAACCCAGCUUAUCAUCAGUCUCCACCUAUGCAGAUGCACCCAACAGGUGUAAUGGGACAAACGGUUCCAUUGAACGUUCCACCGGGUUUGGAAUUUCUAGCCCAGUUGGAUAGAUUAUAUGUCAAGCAGAAAGUUGAACUUCUUGAAGCAUUUUUGGGGUGCGAAACAAAGAACAAGUACAAGAUCAAAGAUUCACAAGGGAGGGACCUAUACACAGCAAAGGAAGACACGGACUGUUGUACCAGAAAUUGUUGCGGUUCGUUCAGACCAUUCGAUCUGAAGAUAAAAGAUUUGAACGAUCGAGAGAUAAUUCACUUGAAUCGGCCAUUGGCAUGUGAUUCAUGUUGGUGUCCAUGUUGGCUUCAGUCCCUCGAGGUGUUCUCUCCACCGGGACAAUUAGCUGGAACUGUGGAACAACAAUGGAGCAUAUUUACGCCAACAUUCGUCAUUAAGAAUGCCGAUGGAGAAGUUGUUCUAAGAAUUGAAGGACCAAUGUGCACCUUCUCGCUUUGUGGGGAAGUCGAAUUCAAAGUUUUAUCUCGUGACGGAGGGACAGAGGUUGGAAAGAUUUCAAAAAGAUGGAGUGGCUUAGCUCGAGAAGCUUUUACGGAUGCUGACAACUUUGGAAUAAAUUUCCCAAUGGAUUUGGAUGUCAGGAUGAAAGCUGUCAUGCUUGGGGCUUGCUUUUUGAUUGACUUUAUGUUCUUUGAGAAAACCGCAAAUAAGGAGAACGACAUGCCAGGAAUGUUUUAAAGUACUUGCGAUAUAAUAACUCAAUUGCGAUGCAAUGUGUCAAAAAUUAUUGAACCGUUCUUUUUGCUUCAACGUAUUAAGUGUUUCGCUUUAUUAAUAGCCUUAGCUCAUUUGAUCGAGACCUGUUUCGUUUUUAUCGCAAAAACAUGAUAAUUAUUUCGUAUUGAUUAAUUGGUUGCGUACUAUUGAAAUAUACGGCGCCCUUUGAAAUUUUUCUAAGAUACUUGAAAAAUAUAUGUAGAACAAAACACAAAUGUGCCAGUAAUUUAAUAUUCCAUGACCUGAUCUUGUGACAAUUAUCGCAGAACAAAAAAAUAGAGUUAUACGUUCAACAUUUGAUUUGUACGACCACAUUCAGUUGACCUAUGUGUCUUAUUAGGAGAGUAAUCUAUUUAAUACAUUACAAAAUUACUUUGUAUAAUGCCAAUGCGUACAUAUUUAUAUGGAAUCUCGUAAACCCUGAUAUUUAUUUUGUACUUUACAUGUAUGUAUAUGCUGUACAUGUGUAGCUGAUUAAGUCAUUUGUGUUGUAGCUUGACAAGUCUAGCUUAACUUUACAAAAAUAUUUGCUCUAAUUCCAAGUCCUAUUCAGCAAAAUUUAGAUUACACUUUAAAUAAAUUACAGUGCUUACUUACAAAACA